AAAUAGCAUACGAGCAUUCGCAUCAAUCAGUGGCUUAAUCAUGCAACGGCAGCUGGUGUUACUUUUCGUUGUCGGAGUAUUCGUUGCGCACGGUUACCCAACCGAUGUCGGUCAUCAUGGUGGUGGUGCAGGCAGUGCAGCCAGCAGCUCCUCUCAGUCCUUUGGAGGCUUUGGAGCUGGUUUUCCAGCACUGCCAGGAUUCCCUGCAGCGCCAGGAUUCCCUGCAGCGCCAGGAUUCCCGGGUGCGAUGUCGCAGCCGCAACUGGCUGCCUCUGGCCAAAACUUGCCUGGAUGGAGCCCGGAUGUGUUCGGGAAAGGAUUUCCAUUCCCCGGACAUGGCAGCAGCUCCGGCAGUUCGUCCUUCUCCAGCUCGUUCUCGUCCAGUCACGAUGGCAAGAUGACCGGGUCACAAUCCCACUCACAGUCGGGUAGCCACAGUGCCGGUCAUGGUGGCGUGUCAAGUUCGGGAAGUUCCGCUGGAUCACAGUCCUUCAGCAAGGAUGGCCAUGGUCAUCAUGGCAGUGGCAGCACCAGCGGCAGCUCGGCUGGAUCACAAACAGUGUCGCAAAACCAUCACGGACAUGGCGGUGCCGAAUCAGCUGGGGGUUCUGCACACUCCAUCAGCCAGGACGCGCAUGGACACGAUCACGGAAAAAAUCUGCACAGUGGAGCAACCGCAGGUGCUCAAUCUCAGUCGAUCGGUCAGGAACACCACGGAGAUCACGGAGCUGUUGGUAGCUCGGCUGGUGCACAAUCGCAAUCUACUGUAACUGGUGAGGGUCAUCACGGUCAUCCUGCGUCGGGUAGCUCUGCCGGAGCAAACGCUGGUUCUCACUCUGGACAGGGUCCGCACCAUGGACAUGGAUCUCCAGGAUCUGGUAGCUCCGCUGGAGCGCAAUCGCAGUCUAUGUCUGGUGGUCACGGUCAUCACGGCCUUCCUUCAUCGGGUCAUCAUCAAGGAUUGGGUGGGAAUCACCAGCAGUUCCAUCACGGUCAAAGCCGCGACGGAGAAGGAUACGGAGUGCGCCUGAGCACCGACGAAUCCAAGGAUGGAACGAUUAAGAAAACCGAAAGUGAAGCAUGGGUCUGGAAGGACUAAAUAUGCGGACUGUCUGCUACACACCAGCGUACUGUAUUUAUGAUCAUCACCGUUACUGAUGAUACUAGCGUUAGUAGGAUAAUAAAUUAAACUAAA